UGUCCCUUUUCUUCACAUCUCAUCUCGUGUGAGGUUCACUUAUCACAUCCUGAGACAGAGGAGACACUCCGGGGGACGAUAUGAACGCACUCUGCUCCGUCCUCACUCUGGUCUGUGUGUGUGUUCACGUCACACAGGCCGCUAUCGGUUCUUCAGCGAUCGACUGUGCAUCUGGAAGUAGCAAGAAAGUGGGCUCUACUCAAGAGGGCUAUGAAGGAGAUGUGGAGAUCCUGACUAACAUCGGCUCUGGGGAUCGACUGCAGCUGGAGGUGUACAUCUUCCCCUCGAGCAUGGACUUUGUGGAGCUGGUCUACAUUCCCGGAGAAACCAGUGCUACCGUCAGAACCAAGCAGACUCUGGAUGCUGAGGCUCUGAGCGAGUCUGGUGGAACUCUGUACUAUGCAGUCGCCUGCACCAACACAGCAGUGAAGCACACUCGGACCCUGGAUGUUUUGGACAUCAAUGACAACGCACCAGUGUUUGAAAAGCAACUCUACACAACUGAUGUGUCUGAGAUGGAACCAGUGAAUUUCCAGGUGUUGACGGUGCAAGCAGUCGAUGCUGAUGUCUCACCAGAAAACAGCAUAGUGACUUAUUCCAUACUGCCACCAGCGCCAGACGAUUUAGAGAUCCGGAACGAUGGGACAAUCAGAAUACGCAGGCGACUGAACUACAACAUUGCCAACAUCUACAACUUCACUGUGAAAGCAGUGGAUGCGGGGAACCUGUAUGACACCACCAAUGUUGUCAUCAACGUGGAAGACAUUGACAACCUGAACCCGUAUUUCGAUCACGCACUGUAUGAGGCAUCCAUUCCUGAGAAUCUGGCUGGACUCUUUACAACAAUCACGCCAGACAACAUAAAAGCUCAAGACGGAGACACUGGAAUCAAUCAACCUGUAGACUACAGCAUAACCACUGUCACUCCGAAUAAAUAUCAGCCCAACUUCAGCAUCGACCGAAACACCGGGAUCAUCUCAGUGACAGCAGCAUUAGACAGAGAGGAAAUAGAAACCAUCACGCUCCAAAUACAGGCAGCUCAGCGGGACGACAGCACUAAAACCGCCAAUGCUAUUGUGUUGGUCACCAUUGAGGACGUGGACGACAAUGCCCCAGCGUUUGACUACAGCAACUACACUCAUUUCAUACCGGAAAACUCCCCCCAGGACAGUUUAAUUCUUCAGGUCAAGGUCACAGACAAGGAUAAGGGAGGUUUUGUGGGAACCCUGAGGAUUGUUCCAGAUACAGCUCCUUUUUCUAUCAGUCCUGACGGAUCCGUCAUGGUGAAGACGCCCGCCGAGCUGGACAGAGAAACCACAAAGAACUUUGUUUUUCAGAUCGAGGCGAGAGAGGACCCCCCCUCCAGCCACAGCACGAUGGCCAGCGUGUUCAUCUUCCUCUUGGAUGAGAACGAUAACAGUCCAGUUUUCGGAAGCAGCAAGUACGAGGGCAAAGUUUUCCUGAAUGAUACUGUUGGCACGCAGGUUGUCAAGGUAGAAGCAACAGAUCUAGAUGAGGGACCGAACGGGGAAAUCAGCUACUUCAUCGACUUCGGGAAUGAUGAGGGCUAUUUUGUCAUAAAUGAAAACACAGGAGCGAUAACCCUAAAGAAGACCAUCCCACUUCAGGAGAACAAGAUCCUCCAGUUCUUGUUGUACGUGACUGCGAGAGAUGGGGGCAGCGUGAGCCAAUCUUCCUCUGUGCCCGUGGAGAUUAAGGCACCAGGAGACUCUCGUCCACAAUUCUUUCAGAAAAUAUAUGAGGGGAAAGUAGAGGAAGAGCAAGAUGCGGGGGCAGAAAUUGUCAAGGUGACCUUCCUGUCUCUGUCCCCUGCCGUUCCUGUCACCUUAACCGUCCAAACGGACACAGACAAGUUCUCCAUUGACCAGACGACAGGAAUGCUGACGACGAGAGUUAAACUAGACUACGAGACCCGUAGGAACUAUACCAUCGGCGUGUCUAUUUCAGACGGCACUAACAGUGAUGAGGCUUUGGUUGUCGUCUUUGUUUUGGACAUCAAUGAUAACAGUCCUAAGUUUGCCUCCAGCUCAAUCACCGUUAACAUCCCAGAGGAUGUAAAGCUUGGAGCCAACGUGACAAAUGUAAAAGCAACGGAUGCAGAUUCGGGGUUAAAUGCUGAAAUCCGGUACAGGCUGGAGGGUUCAGCCGGGAUGUUUAGGAUCGACCCAGAAACAAGUUUAAUCUUGGUAGUAGAAAAACUGGACAGAGAAAUCCAGGACACGUACAACCUCUUGGUGGUUGCAGAAGACCAGGGUCGACCACCUCGCUCAGCAACUGCAUCCGUGGUGGUUGUGUUAACCGACGUCAAUGACAACCCCCCCAUCUUCUCCACACAAAGAUAUGAGGCUAGUGUCUUAGAAAAUGCCACUAUUGGAACAAACGUGACUGUUGUUACUGCCACCGAUAAAGAUGAAGGUCUUAACAGCUUAGUGACCUAUCACAUUUCCAAGCAGGAUCCAACUUCUUCACCCGCACCCUUUUCCAUAGACACCGUAUCCGGGAUAAUAAGCGUGGCUGAAAUGCUGGACUACAGCAAGGCAAAGAAAUAUACCCUAGAGGUGGAAGGGAUGGACGGAGGCAGUCCGUCUCUUACAGGCACCACAGUGGUUGUUAUAUUGGUGGAGGAUGUAAACGAUAAACCUCCGAAGUUUAGCAAGAAUCGAUAUGAUGUGGCUAUCUAUGAGAAUAUACCUCCUGGAUCUCCAAUUGUGUCACUGGAAGUCACGGAUGAGAAUGAGGGUGGAUUCUCCAAUGGACACUUUCUUUCGACCAGUGAUGUUUUUGAAAUUAACGACAAAGGAGUGGUCCUUCUGCAUAGUAAUUCCAGUCUUGACAGAGAGACAAGAGACAACUACGUUAUAGAGGUGGUGGCUGUAGAUAAACCCGUCAAUGGCUUAAGUGCUACGGCUCAAAUCAACAUAACGGUUCUGGAUGUCAAUGACAACAACCCAGAAUAUUCAGAAUUCCAAAAUCCUUUACUUAUCCCUGAAGACAAAGCAGGUGACGUGACUCAAAUUCAUGUGACUGACCGCGACAUUGGCUUGAACGGAGAGGUCACCUUAACCACAUACUCCUACCUUGAUGUUUUCAGCUUAAAAUCGGAUGGGACUCUGAUGGUUACUGGGACACUGGAUCGAGAGACACAAGAGAUUUAUGAUUUGGUCCUUGUGGCACAUGAUCACGGCAUGCCGUCAAGACAGAACGUCACCACGUUGAAGGUGAUUGUGACAGACGUUAAUGACAACCCACCAAUUUUCAAUACACCCUCCUACUUGAAACAUGUAUUGGCUAAGGAUGUUAAAAAAGGAGAUCUGGUGUUAACCGUGUCUGCUACGGAUAAAGAUGCUGGGAACAACUCUUUCAUCACCUACAGGUUCUCUGAAGCUUCCGACAUGCUGGAUUUGAACCCUAAGACAGGAGCCAUCACCUGGACUCGUGACCUUACUACCAUCACUGAGGACAUAGAGAUCGAGCUUCGGGUUAUAGCAGAAGAUCAAGGAAUGCCUCGUCUCAACGCUACUGCGACAGUCACGAUCGAGGUGAGAGUCAACCAGCUGACGGACACCAUCGUCUUUCAGAACUCGACCUACUAUUUCUCAGUAAAGGAGAACGAACCACGUGAAACAAAUGUGGGCGUGGUUAAAGCGCUUACAGGAAGCCAGCUGGUCCAGGUCACUUAUCGUCUAAUGUCAAACACAGACCUGUUCGGUGUGGACAAAACUGGAGCUAUUACAACGCUUAAGUCACUGGAUAAGGAAAAGAAGGAAAUGUACUUUGUUAAUGUGGAAGCCACUGACUCCAGGACUCCUCCCAACUCCGCUAUAACCACGGUGGUAAUUCAGGUAGAAGACGUGAACGAGGCUCCAGACUUUGAACGUCAAAUUUAUACGGCAGAAAUCUUUAGCACCGCCCCAUUCAGAUAUCCAGUAUUCACCGUGAAGGCGACGGACCCUGACGUCGCAGACUUUGAGAAGCUCCGUUACUCCAUGCAGGAGUCCAGUUCAUUUCUGGGAAUUGAGAGCACCUCGGGUCAGGUGUAUGUGCUGGAUUUAAGUGAGAUGGGUGGGAGAACUGUAACUGCUCGUGUUAAAGCCACAGAUACACAAGAACUCUCUGCAACUGCUGAACUACAGGUACAUGUGAAAGACAGCGACAGUGAGAAGAUCGUGGUGAUCACACUGAACCAGCCUGUUCACACCGUUGAGAUGAAGAUUACAGAAACUCAAAAGUCUCUGGAGAAGGUGCUGGGUUGGAGCAUACACAUCAUGAGUGUACGUGGAGAGCAGGGAUUUGAGAUGCGUUCACUGGUGACGAAAGCAAAUUCCAAGACGUACGUCAGCUUCAUCGCAGUGAAUGAGGCUGGUAUGACCAUCAGUGCUGAAAAAGUCCACGAGAAGCUGAAGAGCGAAACCGAGAGCAUCAGAGUCGAACUGGAAAAAGUGUUCGGUUCUGACGUGAAACUGGAAGGACUGGAGAAAGAACCUGAGCGAGAGGAAGACGAUACAGCUAUUGUUGUGCUUGGUGUCUUGCUAGCCAUCAGCCUCGUCGCUCUUAUCACUCUGGUGGUGGUCGGCGUGAUAAAGUUCAAGAGGAUUAAAGAUACUGAUUCAGAUAAAGAAAGUUUUAACAUUGGAAAGCCAGACAGCUGUAGCAUCAUCACCAAUGAAGAUGUAUGUAAAGUUAACCAGGAGGAUAAACAGAGCAGGUGUAGCAGCAGAAAAGCAUCAGAAGCGUCUCAGAAGAGAACCACAUCAGUGCCGGCUCCAGGCGGUAUCGACAACCUCACCUCUGCCCUCUAAUAACCAGCUACAGUACACGUCUAAAAUCUGACUAAUCGACUGGAGACACUUUCUUUAUAUGUGACCAAACUGGAGCAUGUUUUUGUUAAAAGGACAAAAAAAAAAGUUCCCCAACAGAGGAGGAAGAGAUUUGCUUUGUCUUGGUUAAAAAAAAAAAAAAGCCAAUCAGGCAUAUAUUUAUAUUUUCAAACUCCAAAGGAUUCAGCUGCCAUAUUUUUUAGACUUUUUUUGUCCACAUACUACUGUUAGCAGAUUUACAGCAAUCAUGCAACACCAAUGUUAUCAUCCUCUUAGUUAGCGAUAAGAGUAUUAGCAUAGCACUGCAUUAACGUUA